AUGGAACCCGAGAAGUCGCGUAAACGCAAGCGCGUGGCUGAACUCUCGCCUGCACGCGAUGCGCCUGAGUGGGAUGUCGUCACCACUGAGGUCCUCACGCGUCGCACAAAAACUCGGACAGGGCAGACCGAGUGCACUGCAUUGACUGAGACUCAGACGCGAGGCAAUCAAGUCCGCAGCACACGUAGCACACGUAGCACAUGCAGAGCCCAGCCUGUCAAUGAUAAUUCGAUUCCUGCGCCCAACAAUCCGACGCGAAGCGUCAUCACUCCACAAUCUGGAGACGUCACCCCAGAGAAUCCCACCAGAGGUCGAAAGACCAGGCAUACCAACUACGAUGACGCACAGCACACUACAGAAAAUGUGUACGCGAAGCCCAAACGCAGCACUAUACGCAGCGGCACGGCUAGACUGAAGCGCAGAAAGCUUUUGCCUGACAGCAAACCUAAUGAGUAUACUCAAGUUGCUAGCCCGAGGUCAAGCCCAGCAGGGUCAAGUUUGCGCGAAAGCACGAGGACAUCAGAGCAACUUGUAGACGCAAACGGCCACACACAAGAUGUCGACGAUGGACUACCUUCGCCUAUAACUUCGAAUGAUCUCAGAUUAAGGGAUGAUCUCGAGCUUGACACAGUAUCUGGUGAAGAUCUUCUAACGGAGGAAGCCGAUAUCGAUCAAAGCAAAGGCAGCGGCACAUCGAGCCUUCGUCUUGGUGGACGCUCCAUCAGAGCUCGGCCAAGGGUAUCUUACGUUGAGCAGUUCCCCGAUGACCCGGUGGACCUCACAGCUGAAGAUGAAUCCGAAUCCGAUGUUUACGUGUCCCCCGCAACGGACGAAGAGAGCGAAGCCGACAUUGAGGUUGUCUCUUCCGAAGACGAAGACGAAGACGAAGCAUCAGCCAUAAGCGACGUUGGGUCGCUAGACAUCAUGCUGGAUGAAGAGAGCAUCGUUAUUGAAGAUGACGACCCCAAACCGAAACCACGCAGACAGCACAAGCUUGGCGAAUCUACUCGAGCCGGCAAGGGCAUCGACCUAAGCCUUCCGCCACUUUCCAGCAUUGGGGAGUGCAUGUCUGACAUGACUGCCAAAGCUGUGCAACUUGGUCUUGGCGAAGCCUUGGAAAGUCUGGGAGAAAGACCCAUCAGGGUUGCCACAAUGUGUUCUGGCACAGAAUCUCCUUUGCUUGCGCUUGACGAGAUCUCGAAAGCUUUGGUGGCAAUAGGUCAUACUCGGAUGCAAAUUCAGCAAGAGUUCUCUGCCGAAAUUGAAGUAUUCAAGCAGGGCUACAUAGAGAGAAACUUUGCCCCAGAACGGUUGUUCAGAGAUGUCCGUGAUUUCAUUCGCGAGUCCGCCACCACAGCAGUAACAGCAUAUGGCGCAGAAGUGGAUAUUCCAACAGAUGUAGACAUCCUUGUUGCAGGCUUUGUCUGCAAAGACCUUUUAAGAUUGAACAAUAGGGGAAAGACGUUGGAUGAUGGUGGCGAGUCAGGCGACACAUUCCAGGGAAUGUAUGCUUACACGGAUCGCUUCCGCCCAAGCAUAGUGUUGCUUGAGAACGUUAAGAACGAGAAGAAGACAUGGGACGACGUUGUGCGCAGAUUCGACAGAAUCGGAUACGAAGCCUAUCGACGCAGCGAUAACGGCACCGUUCUACCCCCUGACUUCGCGGACAGGAAGUUUUAUAUCUCGCAGUCCUCAAGAGUACACGAUGCGAUAGACAUUGCUCAUCUGGAAGCUGCAGCGAAAGGCUACGAUUCUCUUUACAAGAUGGCGUUGUGGGACCUUUUAAUGCUCCAGGGGAUGCCUCUUAAUAGGUUGCUUUUCGCCAACGAAACCCAAAAGGACUUGCAGAAUCUUGCCGGCAAUGCCAUGUCCACGACAGUAAUCAGGGCCUCUCUUAUCUCUGCUCUUAUUGUUGGAUGCAAAGCUUUCCGCCCAUAUCAGGCAAAGUCAGGAGACAAAACAUUAUCUGCUCCACCUGGCAGUAACAUGAUCACGGAGCCUAGCAUGCUAAAGCGUACUUUCGUUCAGCCUAGCACUUACGAGGAUCUCAACCUUGUCAAGCUCCAGCAAGAAGCCAAGUCGAGUGCGCGUAACCCUAAGCACGUCUACAGGACAAUCGUACCAGCCAGUCACCGAACAACGCCACCCGACGAAUUCAUCAGGCGAUGGAGACAACUUAUACCUUCACGGUUAAAGUUCAACGUUUUUCCUAACAUCGGUCGUCUGGCUUCCAAGCUAGGUUCGAAGGACCCAGUACUAGAUGAGUAUCUAGCUACCGUUUCGGAAGCGCAGCUAGGCUCUCAGUAUUUCUGCAUCGGCGAAUUCUCCAGAGACUACAACCAACUUGGCCUCUCGGAUUACAAAGAAGAAACCGUGCCAAAGAGAAUCAAGAUUGAAAGCGACGGUCUGACGGCCAUUGUCGGCGAUUAUAAGCACCUACCACAUUGCGGAACUGCUUUUACAAGUUUAUACAAGCGAUCAAUGUCAGUAAACGACAUGUACAUGUUUCUCGACCCCGACCCCAUUGGCCGGCCAGAGCACGACAGCUUCGUAUUCAGUCGUGACCAUACCCGCAAACACUAUGAUCUAGAUGUCGCUUACCACGCGCUCUAUCUGGAGCUCUCGCAAUACCUUAUCUCCCAAAAGAUGCAGAUUAAGAAGCUUAACAAGAAGUCAGGUUCAGACAGGAGCAGCAGGCUGAAUGACAGCCUAGAGGGCUCUGCAAGUGCUGAAGAAGCGCUGCUAAGGUGUGCGUUGCUCUUUGAGACUGAAGAGGGCAGUUGCAAAGGCACUGUCGAUCUUCAAAUGCUCUUCUCUAUACCAUACUGCGGACAUACUGCAUGCAAAGAGUGUCUUGAACUACGGACUAAUGACGAGACCUGCGUUCAUCUUGGCUGCAAUUCUUAUGCGAGCGAGGGCAACCUCAUCCGAAUGGCCGAUCUCGGUUCGAACGAAAGUGAGGACACUGGGCAAGGCUAUGGAAAUAAACUCGAGGCUAUAGUUCAAAUUGUUUGUCGAAUGCCGGCUUCCGACCAGGGCAUUAUCUUUGCGCCGAACGAAGAGAUUGUUAGCAUUCUCGAAACUGUGUUCGAUCACUACGACGUUUCGUACCACUCGCCAGGUCGAGGUCGACUCACUGCCUCAGCUAAGCUCAUGGAGGAGUUUAAAACAAACAAAGAUCCAAAGACAAGAAAGAAGCUUAUCAUACUCAAUCUUGGGAGUGAAUCUGCAGCUGGCGUCAAUCUUACAAUCGCCAACCACGUCGUAUUCGUGUCACCCUUCCUAGCAAAGACACAAUAUGACUACGAUUCUGCCAUGGCGCAGGCGAUCGCCCGAAGUCGCCGUUAUGGCCAGAAGAAGAAAGUGCACAUAUACCAUGUGGUUGCGCUACGGACGAUCGAUGUUGAUAUCCUUGAGCAUCGCCUUAGACGGAGUGAUGCCCUCACUGCCACAGAUUCUACGACCAAGUCAUUAGAGCCAUUAUCUACGAAGAAAGAAAAAACACGACUCGCCAGGAAUAACAAGGGCGACAUCAUGCUAAUACCGCAUACGUGGUUAGCUGACAAGGCCAAGCGAGAGAUCCUGGGUAUUGAGGAGUCACCGGAUAGGCUCACCUCCCUGAUCAACUUCUCUGAGACAUUUGAGCAGGAAGACGACGAGUCCUAA